CGCAACCUUGUGUCAUACAUGAGUUGACUGAGAAGGUGGCGAGAAGGUGACCUACGAUGAUAUGUAAAGGCGCUGGCUAUAGUAAACGAAAGGUUGGCUGUGUGAAAAUCGAUGGCUGUUACCGGCAAGCACUCCGAGAUGGACUCGAGUACGUGUGGAUUGACACAUGUUGCAUGGAUAAAUCAAGCACCGCUGAGCUCUCUGAGGCCAUCAACUCCAUGUUCAACAGAUAUUGCCGAGUGUUUAUCGUGGUCAGCCGAACGGAAGACGUUGAGAGAAGAGAAUGUGGCUUACUGCAUCCUUGGGCAUACAAUGUGAAUACACUGCUAGUGUAUGGAGGAGGGGACGAGGUUUUUAUUAGGUCAUGGGAAGAGAUCAUGAAGACCUCCGGCGAUCAGUCUCUGUUCCCCUGAGGCUUGAGAAUGCCGCAUGACGUAGGCAGCUUAAGAGAGAUUUCGCAC